AGGGAUAGCCGUGGUCAACAUUCACUUUCAUUGUAUGAAAAAGAGCAGCUUUUGUGUUCCACAGAGGAGAGACAAAAGUUGGAAACAACACGAGGUGAGCUCUGCAGAAAGAAGGAUCGGAUUCAGUUUUCUGAGGCCCAUGACAGUGGCCACAGACGUCAGGAGAGGGGCAGUGGGUAAUGCUGCUGCUUCUGUCACUGUCCAGGACAGCCACGGCAAGCUCAAGACUGUGGCUGACCUCCCAGAGAUCAAAAUCUUUAGGAUGUUGUACACAAUGAUCAUUAAAGGGUACAUGAAUCGCAUGCAUGAGCUGCAGUUAUACAAAAGCCAGGUUUAUGGCCCUUUGUACAAAGUGAAUGCUGGAAACCUCCAAACCAUUUGCAUAAACAGUGUGGACUUACUGGAGGAACUCCUUAGAAAAGAAGAAAAGUUUCCUUCCAGAGGACACAUGAAUGUGUGGAGAGAGCACCGUGACAUGAAAGGCAUCAGCUACGGCCCUUUCACAGAAGAAGGAGAGAAAUGGUACAAACUGCGGAGAGUGCUGAACAAACGCAUGCUGCAUCCAAAGGACUCUGUUCAGUAUGGAGAUGUGGUCAAUGCAGUGGUCACAGACUUCAUCAAACGAAUUUACUAUCUGCGGGAGAUGAGCCCCACUGGUGAUCGGGUCUCUAACUUGACCCGUGAGCUUUAUCGCUUUUCCCUUGAAGGGAUCUCAUCCAUUCUGUUUGAGACACGCAUUGGCUGCCUGGAAAAAGAGAUUCCAGCCGAGACACAAGAUUUCAUUAAUUCUAUUGCACAAAUGUUCACCUAUAACGUUCAUGUGGUGUUGCUGCCAAACUGGACUCGAAAUUACUUGCCAUUUUGGCAGUGGUACAUUAAUGGCUGGGAAGGCAUAUUCAAAUUUGCCAGAAAAAUGAUUGACAUGAAGAUGGAGGCCAUUCAGAAGCAUUUGGAUGCAAAUCAGGAGGUUGCUGGGGAGUAUCUCACCUACCUGCUUUCCAAUGUCAAGAUGAGCAGUAAAGACGUUUAUGGAAGUAUUUCUGAGCUGCUGAUGGCUGGAGUGGACACAACCUCCAACACUAUGUUGUGGGCACUGUAUCUCCUCUCAAGAGAUCCAGAAGCUCAGGAGGCUCUGUAUCAGGAUGUAACCAGAGUCUUAAAGGGCGACGGAAUCCCAACAGCACAGGAAGUUAACAGCAUGCCUUACCUCAAAGCUGUCAUCAAGGAAGCAUUAAGGAUGUACCCUGUGGUGCCCAUGAAUUCUCGUCUUGUUUCAGAAAAUAUUGUCAUUGGAGGAUACUUUUUCCCUAAAGAGACAUCAUUCAGUCUGUGCCAAUUUGCAAUGAGCCACGAUGAGAAAGUCUUCCCAGAGCCACGAAAGUUCAAACCUGAUCGCUGGCUCAGAGAUGGCAGAACAAGACCCAACCCUUUUGGGUCAAUCCCAUUUGGCUUUGGAGUCAGAGGCUGUGUUGGCCGUCGCAUUGCUGAACUGGAGAUGCAUCUGGCUUUGGCAAGGCUUAUCAAGUUGUUUGAAAUCCGACCGGACCCAACUGUCGGUGAGGUUAGGGCACUCACUCGUGGAGUGCUUGUGCCAGACAAACAGGUGAACCUCCACUUUGUGGAGAGACAGAAGACAUCUUCUGAACCAUAGCUAAAGAAUACAACCAUUUCAGCAAGAUAUAAGCUAGUGUGAAUCAUGUGAAUGUCAACUACUUUACCUCUGUCUGGAUAUAAUUCUUUUGUGUUUAGGAAUAUGUAAUAUAAAGGACCCUGUAUAACAAAAAAUUUCUCACCCAAUUUUGUAUAACUCUUGUGAUUAAAUUGUUGUUGUGAAUUGUACAUGAACUUAAAAAUCAAUUAAACCUUUUAAUGAAU